AUGGCACUGGGAGCCCAUGUCAAACCAGCUCCGUCAGGUCGAGGCCUCACGCCUCUCCGAGGUUCUAGCCCCCAUUGGCCCGGGGGCCAGGCCGUGACCCCGCCCCCUGGCCCUUCCGGCACGCUGAUUGGUCGCUGUGGGGAACGGGGCGGGCUGCGAGCAAGCGCGCCGUGCCCGCCGAGGGAGAGCGGCGCGGCGCGGCGCGGCGCGGGCGUGCGGGCGGGCCAGCCGGCUGCAUGGCGCGCUGCGAGCGNGCUGCGGGCCGCGGGGCUGCGCCUGGCGGGGGACCCCGGCGAGGACCCGGGCGCGGCCCCGCGCGUGCGCGCCGUGCUCGUGGGCUACGACGAGCACUUUUCCUUCGCCAAGCUGAGGGAGGCGUGCGCGCACCUGCGCGACCCCGACUGCCUGCUCGUGGCCACCGACCGCGACCCGUGGCACCCGCUCAGCGAUGGCAGCCGGACCCCCGGCACUGGGAGCCUGGCUGCAGCAGUGGAGACAGCGUCGGGCCGCCAGGCUCUGGUGGUGGGCAAGCCCAGCCCUUACAUGUUCGAGUGUAUCACCGAGCACUUCAGCGUGGACCCUGCCCGCACGCUCAUGGUGGGUGACCGCCUGGAGACCGACAUCCUCUUCGGCCACCGCUGUGGCAUGACCACCCUGCUCACGCUCACAGGCGUCUCCCGCCUGGACGAGGCCCAGGCCUACCUGGCGUCUGGCCAGCACGACCUUGUGCCCCAUUACUAUGUGGAGAGCGUCGCGGACUUGAUGGAGGGGUUGGAGGACUGAGCCCAUGGGACCGGCACUGUAGCCCCAUCCCUCCCCCACCCUGAUCCCGUGGAUGGAGGCAAUGGGCCAAGAGCUGCCGGCUCCCGGGCCCCAGUUUCUGCAGCCUGGUGGAGUUGGGAACCAGGGAGGGUUUUAGGGCCCUCACAUCCCCUCCCAGUGGUGGCUGGGCACUCUUUGCUGUUCCAGAAGCUGUCCCCCUUCCCCCACCAGUUCGCUUGGGCCUGACCCAGCCAGGUGGCCUUAUUUCCUCCCCUGUGGCCUCCCCUCUUUGAAGUCUGGGCCUUGAUGCCCACUGAAGAUUCCCCCCAACCCUGAACACUUAAUCCCCUACCCCCUUCCGGGAGUGGGGGAGGGGAGGGCCUCUAGAGCUCGACCUGCCCCUCCAGCCCUGGCCUUGGGUUCCUGUUGACCAGUCAGAGGCCUAGGUAACCACCAACCCUCCUGAGCCCGGAAUGGACCAAUCAGAAGGCUAAGUGGGGAUGACUCAUUGACGGGUCUGUCCUGAGGGGUUUCAUUGGGAACCUAAAGUGACCCUGACUCUUUGAUGUUCUCGACCCACAGUGGGCCAAUCAGAAGGCUAAGUGGCAACAGGUCUGUUCAUGUCCUCGAUCCUGAGUUAGACUGAUCAGAGCACCGGGUAAUAAUGACCCAUUUGGUCUCUUAGAUCCUGAAGAGAACAAGCCAGAAGUCUGAGAGACAGUGGCCCCUUGACAGUCUGGAUCUGGCUGGACCGGCUAGGGGUCCAGAUGUCUGUCAAUAAGUAAGGGUCCAAGUGCUGAAGACACCCCUCCUCCCCGAAGAUUGUGAUCCAGGGGCCACACGCAGUGGCUCUGGGGGCUUCUGUAGUGGAGCUCCCCACCCUUCCCUGAUGAUGGUAGCAGGGCAGCGUUGAUGGUGGCCACAGCUCCGGAGGGCGGGCUGUCGUGUCCCUCCCUGUGCUGUCCGUGUUUGCUGUGCCACCUCCCCCACCAUGCCCACCCCGAGCUGUUUAUUUAUUUAUUUGUUUAUUAUUGUGUGCCAGUGAUGGCGGGGGUGGGGGCUGGGCCUUCCCACCACCUCCACAGCGGUUGUAACCAGUCCUCCCGUACUUAAUAAAGUGCGAGUGGAGUGUC